UAGAUCGAUAGAGGGACGGAUAUUGGAGUUUCUUUUAUAAACGGGUCGUUUUCUGUAAUAUUAAAAUAAUAAAUUUUGAAGGGUAUAAGUUAUAUUUAAUUUAAUUGAUUUUUAUGCGGAUUGAAUUCUUACGUUGUAGAAUCAAUUAGAAAAAAGUUUUGAAAAUCAAUAUUUUUUCGAAAGUUCAUUAUCGUUUCUUUUCAAAGAGAAAUUUUUUUUCAGACAUUUAAAAAUUUUCUUUGUUAAGUGAAAAUUUGGACUACAAGUAGACUACAAAGAAGUUGUGUUUAGAUAUAGUGUGAAUAAAAAAGACAAAGUAUAUAAGUUAAUUUUGGACUUUAUUUAAUAUUAUCUAUUUAACCUUAUAAUAUUUAUUUUGUAUAAAAAUCUGUUAAAUUACCCUUUUUCGAUCUGUGUUUAAAGAAAUAAAGUUUUAUGUAAGCAAAAAGAAAAAAAAUUUUAAGGUCAUUUGAACGAAUAUAAUAUAGAAAAAAUACAUAAAGUAAGAAAUAUACAAAUACAUCUAUAUAAAACUUUAUUAUAUGCUUAAAGCAUAAAAUAUCAAUAAAUAAUAUUGACGUAAAAAUGAGUGUUAAAUGUAUAUUACGUUUGAAAAUAUAUCACGAAAGAAUAAUGAACUAUGAAAAAAUUUGUUGAUUUUUAGUGAAAUCGCAUAUGAUUCACAUUCUCCAGCUGACAAAAAACCAAUAUUAUUUACGGUUUUACUUUUUGUAUACGUAGAUAAGACAAAGUAGCCGCAAGGAAGGUUAUUUAUGGUAUAAGAUCUUAAACAUUUCUUUGCAAGGAACAAGUGCUUGGAGAAGUUAAGGUUCACAUUCACGCCCAAGUGUGGAACGGUGAAAUUAGCUGUGAGACGCUGUUUUUGGUUUUGCCUACCAAUCAUUAAUCAUUUUUACAACUAGGUAGGGUUGAUAACAUCAAUCAUCAUGCGACAAUAAAAGUAAUUAAGACAAAAUUAAUAAUCAAGAAAAAGAGCAAAUAAUCAAAAAAUUAGCAAUCUUUAUUAUUCACUAACUUCAAAUUUCUUAAAAACUUCUUUGGAAAACAACAAAAGAAGAAAUAGAAAUAUUUAUUGAAAGACGAGCCAUGUAAUAUGAUUGAAAAUUUUAAUUUUUGAAAGCAAAUUGGAAAAAAAUUAUUUUACAUGCAUACACAUGCUUUUUCUGUUUUAUAAAUAUAAUUUUGUUUCUAUACUACGUAUUGGAGAAUUUGUUUUUUGUUGUUGUUUACUUGUUAUUUGCUGUCAAUUUAUUCAAAAAAAAAUAAGUUUAAAAAAUCAAAUUAAUAUAGUCAGUAAAAUAUCAGAAGCAUAAUAUAGUCAGCAUAGGCAGUAAAAUAUCAAAAAAAAUAAAAAACAACAAUUUUUUGAAGAACUUGAAAAUUCAACUUUAGUAUAUUAUAACAGAUUGACAAAUGUUGCUACAUAAUAUUUAUAAGUAUUUCACACUGUUUUACUUAACAAAUGUUUUACAAACACAUAGAAAACUUUCCAUAUGACUGUCAAAAAUUUUAUUAUACAGCCAGCUAAACAAUGAAAGCAGUUAAUAUCGAUAUUAAAAAUAAAAAUGUUUUGGAUUUCUUGCUAACGGUGGAAUGAAAAUUUUCCAUAAGAAAAAAGAACAGUACAUAUACAAAAUUUAGCAAAAAUAUAUUCAUAGGAACAUUUAUUCACAAAAUGAAAUUUUUUGCAAAAAAAAUUAUAAUAAAAUCCUGAGACACUACUCUUGUUUUUCUAACCGAAAAUAAAAACCAUACAUAAAAAGUCAAGAAUAUCACAAAAAAUCAAGAAACAAUCAAUUUUAUUGAAUUUGUAAAACAAAGUAAAAAUAUUUUUAUUUUUACAUUUUUAAAAAUUCAAAGUUUUCAAAAGAGGUCGAUGAAAAAUUUGUAUGAAAAAUUUUCAGCUAACAAUUGCAUAUGUAGUACCAUAUAAUGUAGUGUUGUGUAAAAAAUAUCAAAUAGCAAAAAAGAAUUUGAAACAAAGUUGGUGUGUUGUUUGUGAAUAAAAAAAAGAAAAACGAAUUAAAAUAGGGAGUUAGCUCUGUUAGGUAAGUUCUAAAUAAAAAAUUGGACAAAAGAGUAGACGAAAACGUUAGGAACAAAUAUACAGCCAUAAGAAGACGAAAACAGAAAUAUAUAUACGAGAGUAAAUUACACCUUGGGAAAACAGAAAAGUAAAAAUUAAUUUUUUGGUUGCUCCAAUAGUGCUUCAGCGUAGUGUGUGGCUGUUUCGUUUUAUGUAAAAAAUAAAUAAAGAGGAAAAAAUACACGUUUCUAUUUUGUUGAAACACCAAAAUAAAUAAGAAUAUUAGCAAACAAAUAAAAAAAAUAAUAAUUGUUAUAAAAAUAGCCGAAGUUAGAAAAGAAUAUUCAAAAUGAUACCGACAGCACUGAACAGUUCAAAUAACACCACUCAGACGGUUGGAUCAGCAACAAUCGGGAUUGCAUCUUUAAUAUUGGAGGGACGUGCCUUAUCUGAUGAUGAUUACGUUAUACCACUAAAUGCUAAGAAGCAUGUGUUGUUAAUGCCACCAGGAUAUAAUUCCACAACGAUGCAACAAAAUCACGUUCCAUUAAUAAAUAUAACUACAAAUCCUUCUGCGGAACUGCCACUAUCAACAAAUUUAGCUGUCACAUUGAAAACUGCAGCAGCACUUGAAGCUGCGGUAACAGCAGUUGUAGCAUCGAAUUCGAGAUCACUACACCAAUUAAGGUCAAAGUCUCCAUUAAGCGUGAAAAGACCUUCAUUGUCAUCGACAACGUCAGUUGCCAGCUCGACAUCUAGUUCAUCCGUACUAUCAACAAAUUCAGCAAUAUUGAUACCGUCAGAUUCGUCAGUACAACAUUUUCAAAGAAUAAAGCAAAAGUUGACACAAUUGCGACAGUCUUCACCUAGAGCAACUCGAGAUCCUUUCUUGGCUAUUGAUCAAAAAAUCAUUGUUGGUGGACCUUCUAGUCUUAAUCGCAAUUCUACUGUCGAUUCACCAGAUUUGUCUGCUGACAAUUCAUCAAGUGGCGAUGAUGUUGAUAAUGAUAUGUCUUCUAUUUUGCCGCGUAACACGCAAUGGAAACCAUCUGGUGGUGCCUCCUGUAGUUGGAAAUCUACACCAAAUUUUUGUAAUAAUGGCAUCGAAACAAAUGUGAUUUCCGGAAGUAGUUGCUUUAACAGGGGUGAUUUUAGUGGAAGCAAUAGUAAUGUAGAAGGAAGCAAUUGCAAUAACAAAAGAGUUUCUACAUUUAACAACAGUGGCUUAACUACUAUAAACAGUCAUAUUUCUGAUAAUAAUCUUCUUCAUACAUUACAGUCAUUAGCUUCUAAUUGCUUGUGGACUUCACCACGAUCCAUGGGUAAAACUACAGAAGAUUGGGAUUGCAAUGCUGUAAAUCCAAAUGGUAAUGAUGAAACACGCAUCGAUUUGGAUUCUUCAGUAGAUAAUAAUUAUUUCAUUAAUGAUUUAAAUAACGGUGUUAAAUCUUCAACAAUGACCAACAACCUUAACUCAAAAAUUAAUAUAAAAAGUAAUAAUAUCAAUAGCAAGGAAAAUGAUAAAAUAAAAGCUAACCCCCAACAGGGACCACACUGUGAUCAAUUCCUCAAAAAAAUUGGUCUUAAUGGAAAUAAAGGACAAUUGACCGAGUUUGAGGAGCACAUCUGUGAUAUGGCAAAUUUGAACGAAAUUUGCUUUCAUUGGCAAAUGCACUGCCGACAAUUGGAGGUUAUGUUAUCAAGGUCUGAUCCAAUCUGCAUUGAAGUUUAUUUGGGACCAGAAAAUGAUGAAAUACUAAUGGAGCAAUGGAUUAUUGAAAAAACAGAUUCGCCAUCUACACCAAGUAUGACACUGCAAGCUCUUUGCAAUGCGAUUCGAAGUCAGCUAUAUUUUUCGCAAAUAACUGCUUGGUCUGAUUCAAUAAAAAAAUGUAAUCCUUUCGAUAAAGAAAUUAUGGAAAAUGCUCGCAUAAAAUCCUUUAGCAGAUUUGGUAUUGGCAGUGUAUCACCGUCCUCUUUAGGUCUGGCAACAUCGGCAUCAGCGAGUUCAAAUUGGCCGACAAUAAAAAAACCUCGUUUAAAUAUAUUUUACCGUAUUAAACCAUAUGAUUCGACUGCCUCGUUCAAUGCAAAACCAAAUAUUCAUAAUUUUCCAAACGUUCUAAUAUCAGGGAAUUGUGCAAUAUCGGUUUGCUUAAAAAGUCUUCCACGUUUACAAGGUGGCAUACCUAAAAUAAACGAAACAAAUAAAAUGAUUAAAACUUUAACACCAACAACGAAAAAUAUAAGUGGUGUGACACCUUCAAAUUGUUGUAUUUUAGUUGAUAAUAACGAAAAUUGUGAUAUUUUAAAACCACAAUCCAUAGUGUCAAGUACAAGCAAAACAUCAACUCAAGAUUCUUUUAUGUUUUUAAACGACAGUCUCAACAUACCUUGUACGGAAAAGGGUAAACAUAAAUGUGAUUAUGAUGAAGAAGAUGGAGGAAGCUCAGAUGCCGUUGGGGAUGGUGGUGGAAAUAGCAGUAGUGGCGGAAGUGCUGAAAAUGGUGACCUAGAAACUACAAUAAAUCUUUCACACAGAGAAAAACAGCUGAUGAAAUAUCGGAAGAGAAUGAUGAAAAGAGAUAAAAAAAAAAAGUCCACUAUUUAUUCGAAUAAUGCUAGUAUCGAAGUUGAUGCGAAUAAUACCUAUAGUUUGAACGCUACACAGAAAAAUGAUACAAAGAAAGAUUUUAAGGACACUGAAUUGAAAUUCUCGCGGGAUCUUCUACCUUUACCAGUUAAAAAAGUAUUCGCAAAUAAAAUUGAUAACCGAAAAUUAUUAGAUGGUAAGGCUCAAAUUGAUGAAAUACAUAUUUUGCAACAACAACAAGAAUUUGGAUCCAUUAACUCAAUAGGACUACCGUUAUAUCGAACAAUUGCAAAUACGGUGGCAGAAUCAGUACAAACUCAACAAAUUGAAAUGGUCUCGAUUGGAACCCAAACAUCAAAUAUAUUUGAGAUUCCAUCCUGUGAUAAAUGUAAUGCUAAAAUGACUUUGGUUUGCCUUCAGUGUAAUAAUUCAAGAGGAAAAAAAUCGUUACCACACUUAGCCAUUUCACAAAACAACGUCAAAAAAGAAAAGCUGCCAGAAAAACAUUUAGAGAAAGGUGAAUUAUUGCUUCAAGCUAUUCAGAGGGUUCCUAAAACUAAAUCGCAAGCUGUCCGGAGUAACAAAUUAUCGUUCAAUUCGUCAUAUCAUGAUUCCUCACUUAACAAUUCUUGCAACACAAUAUCGUUAGCAAGCAAUUUUCAAAAGCGCAAAAUCGAAAAAUCCCCGCACAUGUAUUGUAAGCAGAAGAAUUAUCAAAAGAAAUAUUUGAAUUUUUUGAACGACAGUACUUCGAGUUUGUUAAAAAUUUGUCCAAAUAACGAACUAUCGCAGGAAAUAUUUUGUCAUCAACAAAAUUUUACUUCAACACCAAAAGUUGAUUCACAAAAUAAUUGUAAUUGCUUACCAACCUGCCUUACAGUUCAAAUGGAAGAUUUUGAAGUUGGUAAUGCUGGAACGUCAACACCUAGUGUAUUGUUAACACCACCAUUGAGCAUGGAAAUGAAAAAUUUAAGUUGUCGUAAUGAAUUUGAUACACCAAUGAAAAAUGUUGAAUCGAAAAAAAUAUCGGACCAACAAAAGAAACAAAGAAGUGAAAUUGAAAAGCCUACAAAUUUGUUGCAAAUUAGUUACGAAGCUAAGUGUGGAAAAACAAAAGCAAAAACGAAUUCACCAGUGUCUUCAACAGUAACAUGUACAUCAUUACCAAUACCCAUUGUGCAACAACUGGAGUUAACAAAAUCGCCAAAUCCUAUUAAAAGUGAUAUUAGUUUAAAUAACACAACUAAGAUACCAGAAGUCCCGGUUCAGAAAUCAAAUUCAGCUCCAACUUUGCCUAAUUCACCGUCUCUAUCCCCACGUUUUAUUAAACAAGCAGCUAUAUAUAAACGCAGAUCACGUCAUCUAUCUGAUCGGUCAGAUCGUUCUUCCUUGGGAUCAGAUGACUUAACUGAUGAAGAACUAGACAGUUUAUAUCCAAGUCCAACAUCAUCACCUCUCAAAAAUAAAUUCUUCACAAAGUUAUCAGCUUUUGCACGACGGCCUUUGUUAGGGAAUCUAGAAGAAAAUUUGUUUCAAAAACGUUUCACUCCAAAAAUGAACGUUGCUGGUUUUAAAGUUCUCUUAGGUGCAUCAGGUCAAUUUUGUCCUACACAGCUAACUAUACCAGCAGCUUCAUAUUUUUAUGAACUGCAAGGCGAAUCAUUGAGUACACCAUACGUGUGCGAAAUCCGUUUGUCGCGUAAGGGGUAUACAAUACCACGUGUUGGAACAAUACAAGCGACACUUUUAAAUCCAUUUGGUACAGUUGUUCGGAUGUUUGUUAUACCUUAUGAUUUCCAUGAUAUGCCACCGAUGAAUCAAACCUUUAUUCGUCAAAGAAUUUUAGCUGUAGAUUCCGAUGUUCUUACUGUUGAUCAAUCUAAGAAUGUUAACAGUAUCAAAGAGAAUAAUAGCAAUAAUAAUAACAAAAAAUGCGGUGUGCCACAUUGUUCUAAGGAAUAUUUACAUUCAUUAAGAUAUUCUAUUCAUUUAAGAUUUCAAACAUCAAGAUCUGGUCGCUUAGCACUACAUACUGAUAUUAGAUUUUUGAUCUCACGUCGUACUGAUUGCGAUACAGCAGCAGCACACGCAAAAGGUGCGCUUGAAUCUCCAAACGAAUUACGUAUCGUUACAAUAACACCUGACAAACCCAAAUAUAGCGCACGACAGGAGCCACAAAAUUCUAAUAAAAUUUAGUAAUUAAUAAAUUUCAUUAGAUCGCAGUCACAUAACUUUAAUUUAUAUUCUAUUCAUAACCGUUUUAAGUUAUGUUUUAACAAAUAUUUUCAAAAUAUUUUUAAAAUGUAAUAUCAUUUCUGAAAUUAAUUUUAGUAAAAGUCAUCGAAAUGAAAUAAAAAAAAUAUAUCAUUUUAAUUAAAUUACUAAAUAUUAUAAAUCUACCGAAAUAUUUGAUUUAAAAGCUUACAGUAUUUGAUUUAGAUUAUUUGAACUGAUGUUUUGAUUUAGAUUAAGUGUAGAUUACUUAAAUGGAUUUCGUUAUUAUCAUAUUUACAUUAACAAUUUCUUAUUUUGAUUUCGCUCUUUAAAAAAGUUUAAUGUAUAAUUAUUAUUCUUAUUUAAUUACAUUUCAGCUAGCAUAUAAUGCCAAUAAAUGAGAAUAAAAAAUGUACAUAAUUACGAAUAUUUGUAAAAAUAAAAAUUUAAAAUAAAUCUGUUGCAUAAUGUUUUUUUGUAUAAUUUAAAGAGUUAGAAUUAUGUAAAACAGAUAAAUGAUGUACCGUAUGUUAUAAAUGUUUAUUAUUUAUAACUUAUUAUGAAUUGAAUGAAUUGAAUUAUUUCGUGGCUUUUCAGUUUAAAAAAAAAAAAAUAUUGAAGAAAUGUUUAUUUUAACUAUACGAAGCGGUAUUAAAUGUUUCGCUGUAGAACAAAGCUAUGUAAUAAUAAAAAUACAAUAAAAAUGCAAAAUUUAUCAUACAAUUGAAUUAAUUAGGAAAUUAAGGCAUGUAAUUAAAAAUUUAGUACAAUUGAAUUCUACGAGCGAUAACGAUUAUUACAAAAAUUAAAAAAAUCAUAAUACAUAAUAUUUUAUUAAAUUAUCUCAAAUUUAGAUAUGAUAAAAUUGUAGCGCUCAUAUCGAUCUGAUGUGUUUUUUUAUUUAUUGUAUUUUCUUUUUUUUUUAAUUUAAUUAUUCAUUUGACGAUUUUUAUCAUUUUUGAUAAACAUGGUUUUUUUUAACAUGCACCGAAAAAAAUAAUAUUUUUAAUGUUAUUGUCAUAAUAUAUCUUAUAUAAAAGUAAUAUUUUCUGUUCUAAUUUAUUAUUAAGAACAUAUGUACAUACAUUGACUUACAUAAUUUAUUUUUUGAUACUCAAUUAUAUGUCAAAAAAUUAUUUUGUAUAGAACGUAGUCCAAUUUGGGUAGAGAAUUUCAAGGGAUCAAGAUUUUUGCUUAUCUAUUUAUCAUUUUUUAAACUUUUUAUAGUUUUUAUAGUUUUUUCCUUGUAACUGUAGAUUUGCUUCCAGUUACCUCUUUUCCAUGUUGAACUCUAUUUUCUGUGUGUAGUUUUUGUUAUAUUUACUUUGCGGACUGUAUAAUACGAUAACUAAAAAAUUAAGCUUCAUAAGACAUAAUUAAGUAGAAUUUUUAAUAUAUUUUGUAUUGUUAAAAAUAUGAAAAAAUUAUAACUUUUUUAAGAAAGAUAUCUUAUUUGUGACGAGAUCAACAAUUCGCACAGUUUUUAAAUUAAGAUUAUUAUGUAUACAUAUUUACUUUUUGAACAAUUUCCAUCACUUUACAAACUCAGUUUUAGAAAAUACUUUUUGCAGCAACUUCAAACUUUUAACUUUCUAUUUUUUGUGAAAUACGUAAUUUUUGUUACUAAAAUUUGGUAAAAUAUUUGCGAAUUUCAACUUUCGAAUUUAUAUUUGUUUUAAUUUGCAGGUUUUGCUGAAAGAAAAAAUUUAUAAUAUUUUAUAUAAUUAAGUUUAUGAUUUUGUUAAUUCUAACAAAAAAAGGUCUUUGUGUGCAUGUUAAUCAAACGUAAUUCACCUAUAGCCAAAGAAAAAUUUUAAACACAAUUAGACUUUCAAUUGAAAAUAUUGCAUAAUUUUACAAUAAAACAAAUUUAUUGAUUAAGUAUUGUUUUAUUAUUUUACUAAUUUUCGUAAUUUGAUUUUAUUUUUAAUAAAAAAAAAAAAUGAAAUAAAAACCAGCUCAUACUUACGUGAUUGUUGCAUUUCUGUGAUACGAUAUGGGUGCAUAGUGAUUUCUUAAACAUAAUUAUUUAUUUUAUUACAUUUUAACUUUUGUUGUAUGUAUAUUAUCAUUAUAAUAUGUUGUAAAUAAAUAUACAUAUGUAUAUAUAUAUAUCCACAGAAGUUAUACACAUAUAUAGAUAUACAUAUUAUAUAUAAUAUGUAGGGAUGUAAGUUUGGUUUUACAAUAAUUAUAAAUUUAUAUCAAAUUUACAUUGAUUAAGCAACUAUUUUUUAUUAGUUGAGAAUUCUUUAAAGUCGAUAAUUUCUUAUAAUGCAAAAUAUUAACAAAUAACCGUACUACAUAUGAAUUCAACUCUAAUCAUUUUAAUACCAAAUAUAAAAAACGAUCAUGAAGUUUACACUAUUAAGAAGUGAAAUCAUACGAUUUAAAAUAUUACUGUAAAUUUAUGUUAGAAGGAAUUUAUAUAAUGUAUCUAACUAAUUAUGUUCAUGUUUUAAACAAAACUCAAAAACUCGUGCUACCAGCGAUUUGUAGGAAGUAGCUAACUAAUUAUGUAUAUUGUAAAACUACUUACAUUCCUACAUAUAUAUAUAUAUAUAUAUAUGUAUUUGAAUAUAAAAAUAAAAAAUCUUUGUUAUUUAUUAAUUUUAAGAAAAUAAUAGUUAAAUAAUGGGAAGCAAAAACACAAGCAAAAAACAGGAGGAAAGAAUACAAUUUUUUAAAUGUAAAACAAAAAGCAAAUACAAAAUAAAUGAAAAAACAUCUAUUGAUAAAAAAAAAUUAUCAUUAUUUAUAACUUUGUCAUUGAUUUGUGUUGUUUUUGCCUUUUCAAACCAAGUUUAUAAUAAUAGAAGCAUUAAAAAUAGUUGGAAAUAAAAUUUUAAAAAAAUUACAAAAAAUAUACAUAAUGUCAAAAUAUUGCUGGUCAACCAUAAAAUCCAAAAAUAACAGCAUCAAAUUUAAUCAAAUAUUUUUAUAAAUAACAAAACAUUAAAAUAAUAAACUAAAUAAUACAAAUAAAAUAAAUUUGAAUAAAUUUAUAUUUUGUAGAGCAUGGAUAUUU